CUACCACCCAGCCGGUAGUUGAAGUAUGAUUAUUACAACGAGAGCGGCAACUUCAGACAAUUGACGUUGAAACGUGGUAGCAGCUUUUUCUGAGAGGUCUGAAGAGAGAAAGAUUGUCUUUGCUGAAGUUCCAAGACAAAUCAAUCACGGUCUGGUUUCCCCUCUCCUAUGCCUAUUUCAACUGUGGGUUAUUUUGGAGAUUGUAUAUUUAGAGGAAAUCAAGAUGACAUUUUCCCGCGGAAACCUUAAUCAGUUAAUUGAUACAGGCAAUGUAUCAACAGUCAGCACGGAAGGAAUUGCAACACUGCUUCAUAGUUUCCCCCCCAUUCUGCAGCCUGCUAUGACGCGACCGACAUAGAACCGUUAUUUGCCGGGGGGGCGGGAAACGUUUGUAACGUUUUCCCAAUAUGGGACUUCGAAAGUGUUCCGAUAGGGCACUGGACCGAGCCGCACCAUGAAGACCCAGAAGGCCGGGGACCCCGGGGGCCAGACACCAAGCUCUCCUUCCCCACGCCAACGGAUGUCUGGUUUCAGCCUGCGGGGUCGGAAGAAGGAGGGCCUGAUCCGUGGCGAGCUGCGCAUCCACUCCAUGCCAGGAGCCUUCCUGGUGCUGGGGGUCAUCGUGGUGGUGGUGGGCACGGCCCUGGCAGUGGCUGGGUACUGGCCCUACCGGACCCAGCGUUCCCAGCUGCUAGGAGUUGGACAACAAGGCUCUGGUUCUGUAGACGGGGAAGGAGGAGUUAGAGGUGGGGGUGUCUCUGAACCCCAGUCAUCCGGUUGGAACCUGGGGGCUAAGAGCCUCAUGACCACGGCCAGUCUGAUCCACAAUGAGCGGAUGAAGCUCCUGGGACCAGUCAUCAUGGGCGUGGGGCUGUUCAUCCUCAUCUGUGCCAACACGGUGCUGUACGAGAACCGCGACAGAGAGACCCAGAUGCUGCUGGCCCAGAUGCAGAGCGUCAUCUGUUCGGUGUCGGCGGCCGUGCCCUCGGCCGACCUCUCAGACAUGGCAGCAGCCAACUCCAUGGCCAGACACUACCAGUGGGUGAGCAGUCUGCCUGCCACCCACCUUAACAUCCUCUAUCUGCAGCAGCUGGCCAGCUCAGAGCCCCUGCUGCAGACGACCAGAGACAGCAGAGAGGAGGAGGAGAUGGCAACUGACUGUAUGUACCAGCAGGCCACCGUACAGACGGAGGCUCUACACCACCAGGACUCAGCCUCUACCCCUUCCCUCCACUCCUCCCACUCCAACUCAUGCAACUCCAGCAAGAUGGGCUUCAACACGGGGAGGGACGGUGGUGGUGGUGGUGGGCCAAGGGUAGGGGGCUUCAGCCCGGACCCCCAGCCCGCUCACCUCUUUAAGCUCAACAACUGUCUGGUGUCAGCCAGCUCCCUGUCCACUCUGGGAGGGGAUGACUGGGAGAGGUCGGAGGUCACAGCCACGCUGCCCAGGCGCUCCCACAGUCUGAGCUACAGGACUAACCCAGGCCCUCAUGGGCCCCAGACUGUAAAAUGCCAACAGGAAGGGGCCAUACGACCGUGGGGACCUGGGGCAGACCCAGAGGGAGUGCGGAGGGAGCCCAGCUCAGACGUGUAUGUGAACAUGGUUGGGUGUGGAGGUGUGGAGCCCCCGGAGCUCACCCCCGUAGAGGAGCAGAGGCACCGCAGCUGGCCCCGGUUAGACCUGGGCUGUGCCCGCAGGUACCUGAAGCUGGACAAUAAGGAGGACUCGGUGGACAGACUGCUAGACCAGUUGGAGCAGCAGUGUUCUCAGUGGGAUAACAGUUUCGGCUCAGGGCCUUUCCAGUGAGAGCCAGUAAAGGUCCCAUAUCUCAAUAAGGCCCCAUAUCAGGGUCCUCUGUCAGUUUUUUAAAAGCAGCUUAUGAAGAAAGAUCCUCAUGGAUGCUGAUAUAUCCACAACUAGGAGUAGGAGCUUUUUUUCCAUUGGAUCAUAACUGCACUGUUUUCACUGACUCCUGAAACCGGGAAGGGAGGCUAUAACAGAAACCGCUCAAGUGAAAUCCAGUUGAUGUAGGAAGCUGAUUUCCUCUCUUGGGAUACACAGUACAGUGUUGAGCGGCUUCCAAAUCUGAAGAUACGAACCUUUAGAGACCUUGUUUCUCGGACUUCCCGUGGCGUGGAUAUAGAAACACAAGUGUUGGAGGACUGCAGAUGAAUUGGAUAAGCUUGGCAGACAUCAUUAUUUAAGAGGGGAACAAUACACAUACUGUCAAAUAUGAGUUUGAAAGAUUUGCCAGUCUGUUUACUGGGUGGCAGUUAGGCUUGGCACUUGGUAGUAAUGUGGACGAAUCCAUUUGUCUUUCAUUGCCAAAGCGUUGCUUGUGUUCAGGACACAGCAAAAGCACAUCCGAAUGUGGGAGGUAGAACCACAUUCUAAUGAGGGACCGUCUACACUUUGCAAUCAAUUUAAAAACCAAACAACUGUAACCUGGUGAGCGCAAGAUGUGCUAAUGACAACAGCUCGUCAAAUAAAAUAUAUGUCCGUAGGAGACCAAAACAGGUGCAUGAUGACAGAGAUGUCAUGUGUAAUCUAUAUCUACAUAGUUAUGCAGAAUAAUGGUUGUGUAUUGACUGUGUAUCAGAACGAGAGAGAGUCAAUAAUAGGUUGGUUAACACAUUAUUUAAAUGGUACGUACAUAAGGACUUCAUAACACAUGAAUAAACAGUACAUAAGCAUUUAUUAAGUAUUAUGUAUGGCUUAUGCAUGUGUAAUAAAUCCCUUAUGUAGGUACCCUUCAACUACUAUGUUGUCCGUUUACUGUAGUUCUAUUGGUUAUUACCGAGGCUGUGUACCAAAUGACACCCUACUUCCUAUAUAGUACACUACUUUAGACCAGCACUCAUAGGGCUCAAAAGUAGUGUUCUGUAUAGGGCAGGGGUUUCCAUCCCUGUUCCUGGAGAGAGACCCUGCUGUAGGUUUUAACUCCAACCCUGUUCCUGGAGAGAGACCCUGCUGUAGGUUUUAACUCCAACCCUGUUCCUGGAGAGAGACCCUGCUGUAGGUUUAAACUCCAACCCUGUUCCUGGAGAGAUACCCUCCUGUAGGUUUAAACACCAACCCUGUUCCUGGAGAGAGACCCUCCUGUAGGUUUAAACACCAACCCUUUUCCUGGAGAGAGACCCUGCUGUAGGUUUUAACUCCAACCCUGUUCCUGGAGAGAGACCCUGCUGUAGGUUUAAACACCAUCCCUGUUCCUGGAGAGAGACCCUGCUGUAGGUUUAAACACCAUCCCUGUUCCUGGAGAGAUACCCUCCUAUAGGUUUAAACUCCAACCCUGUUCCUGGAGAGAUACCCUCCAGUAGGUUUUAACUCCAACCCUGUUCCUGGAGAGAUACCCUCCUAUAGGUUUAAACUCCAUCCCUGUUCCUGGAGAGAGACCCUGCUGUAGGUUUAAACACCAUCCCUGUUCCUGGAGAGAUACCCUCCUAUAGGUUUAAACUCCAUCCCUGUUCCUGGAGAGAGACCCUGCUGUAGGUUUAAACUCCAACCCUGUUCCUGGAGAGAUACCCUCCUGUAGGUUUAAACACCAACCCUGUUCCUGGAGAGAUACCCUCCUGUAGGUUUUUAGGGAAUAGGGUGCUAUUUGAGACUCAACCCCAGAAUGACUUAAUGUAAAUGUAAAUGUAACCAAAGGUGAGGAAACCCUUCCCUUCCUCAUGUCUACCAUCCUGUUGAUUUGUCUCUCUGCCUCAUCUCAGAGUGCAUCUUGUGUUUGUCCCAAAAUGGCACCAAACUCCCUACAGAAGUAGUGUACUGCUUUUGACCAGGGCUCAUAGGGCUCUGGUUAAAAGUAGUGUUCAAUAUAGGGAAUAGGGUGCCAUUUGGGAUGCAGAUUUAGUGUUUACAAGGAGGGGUCAAGCCUUCCGCCGUCCAAUACAGGUGAGGGAAUGGAGGACAGACCAGUCAGUGUCGACGCUGUCUGUCUCUGAUUUAAUGGAAUGAAAUGGUCAGUGUUUUUGCAUGCAGUUGGGGUGUGUGGGGCUACGUGAUUAAGAAAUGUUUGGUUCACUAGAGAACAAGAUCCCCCCCCCACACACACACACACACACACACUGGCUGAUGUGGAGAGAAGACUCCACUGUGUUUGCAAUGCCACAGUCUCUCUCUUUCUCUCUCUUGUCAGUGUUGCCUGUUUUGUAUGGCAUGUCAGUGUGACAAUAUGUGUUCUAAAUGUACAGUAUUAACAAGCAAUAUCAGUAGGUCUGCCAGAACAAUUAUUGUCUGUGUCUGGCCCUGUAGACCCACAUACCAAGGCAAAGCUUUAAAAAAAAAAAAAAAUGGAGAAAAAAAAUCCUUGUGUUUCAUUUGUUCAACUUGGGGUAUUUAUGUGGCAUCACUAUUUAUGUGCUCAACACUGAUGACGCUAUUCCUCACCAGACAGGGGCUAUGCGCUCAUUGUUCCUCCCAGGUCGAGGAUGUAAACCUGGGAUGAGACGCAACGGGCCUCCUAGCUGUCCCCAGGCCGGUCCACACAACCCCGCAGCCAAUCAGCAGGCUUUUACCACUCCACAACGGAUUCAAAUG